ACGAGAAGCGAGGCGCGGGAAACAGACGGGAAGAGUUUCAGAAGCAGAACUGAGCGGCGUCGUCUCUGUCAGUGUACAUCCAUCUUGUUUUUCUUUUAAAUAAGAAAACCUAGUCCACGUUGUCGAGUUUUCUGGUUCCUGGUUCAGUAUGUCUGGCUUUGACGACCCGGGAGUGUACUACAGCGACAACUUCGGAGGGGGAGAUGGACACGGCGGGGAUGAAGGCGGUCAGAAGAAGACCCAGAUCAAGAAGCGGUUCCGUGAGUUCCUCCGGCAGUUCCGAGUCGGGACCGACCGGACGGGCUUCACCUAUAAAUACAGAGAUGACCUGAAGAGACAUUACACCCUGGGGGAGUACUGGGUGGUGGUGGAGAUGGAGGACAUUGCCAGCUUUGACGAGGAUCUGUCAGACUGUCUCUACAAGGUGCCCUCUGAGAACCUGCCCAUGCUGGAGGAAGCUGCGAAGGAGGUGGCCGACGAGGUGACUCGUCCCCGUCCCACGGGAGAGGAGACGGUCCAGGACAUCCAGGUCAUGCUGAAGAGCGACGCACAUCAAGCCUCCAUCCGUGGCCUCAAGUCCGAGCAGGUGUCCCGUCUGGUGAAGGUGCACGGCAUCAUCAUCUCGGCCACCCCAGUGAGGGCGAAGGCCACCAAGAUUUGCCUGCAGUGUCGCGGCUGUCGCUCCGUCAUCAACAACAUCCCUCUGCCUCCGGGCCUGCAGGGUUACGCUCUGCCACGCAAAUGCAACCAUGAAAGUGCCGGAAGGGUGAAGUGUCCCGUUGACCCCUACUUUAUCAUCCCGGACCGCUGCGUUUGCGUUGACUUCCAGACCCUCCGCCUGCAGGAGUCCCCGGAUGCUGUGCCUCACGGGGAGAUGCCCCGUCACCUGCAGCUCUACUGUGAUCGGUAUCUGUGUGACCGUGUGGUCCCGGGCAACAGAGUGACCAUCAUGGGUAUCUACUCCAUCAAGAAGAUGGCCGUCGUAAAGCCCAAAGGCAAAGAGAAGAGCUCCGGUGUGGGCAUUCGUGCGUCCUACUUGCGAGUGGUGGGCAUCGAGAUGGACACAGAAGGAGCAGGACGCGGUGCUACUGGAUCAGUCACUCCACAGGAGGAGGAGGAACUGCGAGCGCUGUCUGCUUCGCCGAACGUCUACGCCUCUCUGGCCCGCUCCGUAGCUCCAUCCAUCUACGGCAGCGAAGAUCUGAAAAAGGCCAUCACCUGUCUGCUGUUCGGGGGUUCAAGGAAGAGGUUGCCCGACGGCCUCACUCGUAGGGGGGACAUCAACCUGCUGAUGCUGGGAGAUCCUGGCACGGCCAAGUCCCAGCUGCUCAAGUUCGUGGAGAGAUGCUCGCCUAUCGGGGUUUACACCUCGGGUAAAGGCAGCAGUGCGGCUGGUCUGACCGCCUCCGUGCUGAGGGACCCCCACACCCGCGGGUUCAUCAUGGAGGGGGGGGCCAUGGUGCUGGCCGACGGCGGAGUUGUAUGCAUCGACGAGUUUGACAAGAUGAGAGAGGAUGACAGAGUGGCCAUUCACGAAGCCAUGGAGCAACAGACCAUCUCCAUUGCCAAGGCCGGCAUCACCACCACCCUGAACUCUCGCUGCUCCGUGCUGGCCGCCGCCAACUCCGUGUUUGGCCGCUGGGACGACACAAAGGGCGAGGACAACAUCGACUUCAUGCCCACCAUCUUAUCCCGCUUUGACAUGAUCUUCAUCAUCAAAGACCAUCACGACCAUCAGCGAGACAUGACACUGGCUCGUCACGUGAUGAACGUUCACCUGAGCGCCCUGACACAGACGGAGGGCGUCGAGGGCGAGAUUACACUGGCCACCUUCAAGAAAUACAUCGCCUACGCCAGAACUAAAUGUGGCCCUCGGCUCUCUGCGGCGGCAGCGGAGAAGUUGAAAAAUAGGUACGUGGUGAUGAGGAGCGGAGCGAGGGACCACGAAAGGGAGAGCAACAAAAGGCCCUCCAUCCCCAUCACUGUCAGGCAGCUGGAGGCUGUUAUUCGCAUCGCAGAGUCCCUGGCCAAGAUGAAGCUGCAGGCUGUGGCUGGAGAGGAAGAGGUGGACGAGGCCCUCCGACUCUUCCAGGUUUCCACACUGGAUGCUGCACUGUCUGGCAGCCUUUCAGGAGUGGAGGGCUUCACUUCUCAGGAGGACCAGGAAAUGGUCUCACGCGUUGAGAAGCAGCUGAAGAGACGCUUUGCCAUCGGCUCCCAGGUGUCCGAGCACAGCAUCGUCCAAGACUUCACCAAACAGAAGUAUCCGGAGCACGCCAUCUACAAAGUCCUCCACCUGAUGUUGAGGAGGGGUGAGCUGCAGCACCGCAUGCAGAGGAAAGUGCUCUACAGAGUCAAGUAGAGCAAACUGUGCUCUAAUACAUAUUAAUAUCAUUGUUGUUGUUGUAAAUAGUUUUGGGUCUGCCUAUUCCUGCUUUAAAUGCCUUAGAAUAUUCAGUCUCGCUCAUGGUUAAGUGAUCGAUUAAGUCGCAUCUGGAUUUUAUGGCAGCAACUGUCUGAUUACAUGUAUCCGAAUGGAAAAACUGUCACACAGAUGUUGUCAAGUUU